AUGGAAACAUCUUACCUGGUGAGCAGCAGCUCCCCAUUUUCCUUCUCCUGCCCCCAGCCACCACAGUUCUACUCUCUGCACAGGACUGCUCUGACGGGCUUCCUCCCUCCAGCUCUCCGCCUCCUGAGUUCAGUCUGGGCUCCUCUCACUGGCGCUUUCGCUGGGCUCCUGACUGCCCUCUGGCUGCAGCCUCUCAGCCUCCUGUUAGCUUUCUCCCUGUGGUAA